AUGAAGGUCUUCAUCCUCGCCUGCCUCGUGGCACUUGCUCUUGCAAGAGAGAAGGAUGCAUUUGCUGUAUCCUCUGAGACUGAUAGCAUUUCCAGUGAGGAAAAUGAACACACCAGUGAGAAAAUUCAGAAAGUGAAUCUCAUGGGACAGCUGCAGGCAGAGGAUGUGCUCCAGGCUAAAGUUCACCCCAGCAUCCAGUCACAACCCCAGGCCUUUCCAUAUGCUCAGACCAUCUCUUGCAAUCCCCUCCCACAAAAUGUCCAGCCUAUUGCUCAACCACUUGUGGUGCCAUCUGUUGGGCCUGUGAUUUCUCCUGAACUGGAAUCCUUCCUUAAAGCUAAAGCCACCAUCCUUUCCAAGAGCAAACAGAUGCCGUUCCUUAACUCUGAAACUGUGCUUAGCCCCUUUAACUCUCAAAUCUCCAGCCUUGCCAGUCUUGCUAAUCUGCACCUUCCUCAGUCUCUGGUCCAGCUCCUGGCACAGACUGUGCAGGCUUUUCCUCAGACUCCCGUGGUUGUUUCUUCUCAACCCCAGCAGUCUCUUUCUCAGUCCAAAAUUCUGUACCUCCUGCAACAAGUAGCACCCUUCCUUCAACAAGAUAUGUCUGUCCAAGACCUUCUGCAGUACCUAGAACUUCUGCUUAACCCCACCCUCCAGUUCCCUGCCACUCAACAACUUCAUUCCGUUUCUGUAAAGGUCAGUGAGCUAAAGACUGAAAAAGGAAAUGGCAACGAGUCAUCUGAUAAGGCAAUUCUACUUCCUGCUGUUUCCCUGGUGGAUAUUGAAGGAUCGUGA